ACGAAACGUGACAGUUGUCCCAUGACGUUACGUAAGCUUUGAUUGGCCUGCUGCCUGAACCGCCAACUUCAUCCCUAUCAGGACUCAGGAGGAUAUUUUUUUUUUUUGACAGGAAACAGUUACCAUUAGCUUGCUUCUCCGUUCAUUUAUAUAUAAUAUCUAAAAAAAAAUUCUAUACUUUAAAGCAAAAUUUUCUUCAGUAUGCCACGAAAAAAAGGAUUUUCUUUGAAGAGGAACUGCCCCCAACGCAGCGAACCUGACGCCAUGGACCUCUUGAACGAAGACCAAGCUGAUGUGGCCCAGCAUAUAGAUGAAGAACACCAUGGAAAAGAUGGCGACAAUGACCUUUCUGUUGUUGCAGUGGCAACUCCAGAACCAGGACAAGAUAAUGAGACUUCCUCCUUGGCAGAAAAAGACAAGCUGAUGUUCAUGGCCCAGGCAAUAAAGGCACUUGAAGAAGAACGAGAUUUUCUCCGUCAGAUGGUCCUAAAACUCUCAAACAGAGGUGCAAAAAAGCAAGUAAAGAAAAUCUUGGAUACGAGCACUGAAUGCAGCACCAGUGACACUGAUGAGGAGUCCCUGAUUUCUUCCUCCUCUUCAGAGUCACCUGAUAGUGACAUUCCUCGGAAGAAGAAAAGAGGACAUAAAAAGAAGACAAAGAGUGCUAGCAGGUCAAAAUCUGCCAAACACAGCUCACGUGCAACAACCCCAGACGAUGUACUGAAGCGGUACAAUAAAGUUUUUCGUGCCUUCAACAAAGAAGGGAGCAUCAGUAAGGCAUGCACCAAAGUUGGGGUUGACCGAAAUACACUCGCAUUAACAGCUGUUGUGGCUGAAAUACAGCUUGUUGAUCCAGAGUUUUACCGAAACAUCCCGAAGUUCAGAGCUAAGGAGGAGAAACUCUUCGACUUUGCAAAGCGGUGCCUUCAGUCACUGACAGCAGACAUCAGAUCUGCCAUAGAAAAUGCCAAAAAAGAGCGUAAACUACUACCAAUAACAUAUAAGUUGAGAUAGAGAGACACAAAACCUCCAAGCUGCUUAUUUCAUUAUGUUUAGAUGUUGGUUUAAGGUAAAUGUUGUAAUUCAUGUCAGUUCACGUUGGAUGUAAUUCACAUUGAGUUCCCAGUUUUGGUUGAUGAUAUACAAUUUAGUUGUACAAGCCUUUUUUUUCUUUUUCUUAUUUGAUAAUGUAUAAUGUAUUUCAUUUCCAACAAUGUCAGUAUGUUAAAAGCAUAUUUAGAUUCACAAUAGCAGAGUUUUUCUAUUUCUCUUUUUUGUUUUUUAUUUUUUAUUUUUAUUUUAGGCAGUCUAAAGGCCCCUAUGCUGUUUUAAUGGUAACCCAGCUGCAGGUAUACUUUCUUCUGUACUUCUAUACUGCAGGUAUACUUCUAAAGUUUUACUUUAGAAUCUGUUACACUGUUGAGUGUAAUAUGUUAAUAAACAUUGUUU